UGUGGGCGUUGUGACGAAAUUUCGUGUUUUUUUUCAGUAAGGUAUUUACUUCACUCAAUAAAUUGAAGGGAAAAAGUUGACAACUUGUAGUUAUAGCGAAAUAUUAGCAUAAUUGUACGCCUUACCGCGCAAAAUAUUACAAAACUAUAUCCACUUGCUAUUUACAAAGUAUUUAGAUACAUAAUUGAUAAGUUGUCACUCUAGCGAGCCGAGGAAUUUUAAAGCAUUAUAGAUCACCGUUUUUUAUGAAAUCGUUAUCACUAAAGGAAUUCUGUCCAUAUCGUGAAAAGAAUGUACAUAGUGAAACGGGUGAAACAAACAUUGAUUGAUCACGGAAGUAUUUGUUAAACAAAAAUUCACCUGUGUUGAAAGAAUAAUGAUGUUUACCUGUUUAUUUAGGAUACAUGUUGCGUUAUAUUUUCUAUUUGUUUACGGUGUUGUAUCUUUGAAAACGAUUGAAGUUCUGACGAAUCUGGGAAGGGUAAUAGGAAGUAUUGAAGACUCCGUGAUAAGUGGGACAGACGAUAAUUUCACGGUGUUACAGUAUGUAAAAUAUCUAGGAAUUCCUUAUGCAGAACCACCAGUUGGCGAACUUCGUUUUCAAAAACCUGUAGCAAAGAAACCUUGGAAUGACACGCAUAACGGCACAGUAUUUGGACCUAUGUGUCACCAAGGAAAUGGUCGUGUAUCAAGUGAUCCGAUGGCUAUUGUUGACAACAAAAUGUCCGAAGAUUGUCUAACAUUGGAUAUAUACGCGCCUGUUGCUUCAACGACUAGUGGUGAUUCCUAUGCAGUAAUGGUGUUCCUGUUAGGUGCAACAGGUGGCUCGAAGGGAUUUAUCGCAGACACAAUAAGUGCUUACGGGGAUGUAGUUGUUGUUGUUGUCAACUUCAGGACGCAUGUUUUAGGUUAUUUCAGUACUGGUGAUUCUGCAGCACCUGGGAAUUUCGGACUCUGGGAUCAAAUGAUGGCUAUUCAUUGGGUAAAAGAUCAUAUUAGUAAGUUUGGCGGUGACAGUGAUAGAAUUUCUCUUGCUGGGUAUUCUAUGGGAGGAUCUAAUGCAAUUCUUCAAAUUCUGAAUCCAAAAAAUAAAGGAAUUGUUAAACGAGUUAUAGCCCUUGCUGGCACCCCAUUUCCAACUUAUAGAUCCAGUUCUUUCUUACGUAUACAAACCGGAAGCGACUUUGUAGAACGUGUUGGAUGCAGACGAGAUUCAUCAAAAGAAACGGUAGUUUGUCUAAGAACCAAAUCUAUUACUGAAAUAGAUAAUGCACUUUCUGCAUUACCUUAUUCAAUUUCAUUCACGCCUGUUGUUGAUGGCGAUUUUAUUCCUAUUGAUCCGCAACUUAUGCUAACAAGCUACGAUACCUCCUUUUUGAAAUCCAUUGAAUCAUUUGGCUCUGUAGAAUUAAUGCUUGGACUGACAAAUCGCGAGGGUGGUGCGCAUAUCUCUUUAAUGUGGUCUAAUUUAUUAGGACAGCAAGUCAAUACAUUUCAGAUUAAUAAGACAUCGUUUGAAAAUUUGGUAGUACCAACUGCAAUGGAUAUAGUAUUUGGGGAAAAUGUGUCUGAUGCAGUUUUGCAAAAUGUUGUAUUCCAGUAUAGUGAUUUACUUGAUCCAUCAAAUAACACCAAAGUAAGAAAUAAUGUGGUGAACUUAUCAACAGAUAUCGACGUGGCUGCACCCAUUGUAAAAACAGCUAAUUUUCAUUCUAAAAUCAGCACUAAAACGACUUUUCUAUACCAGUUCUCAGCAAAUUUGAGUCUUAAUUCAUCUUUGACGCCAUCUUGGCUAGAUGGCGCUAAUCAUGGAGAUGAUGUUUACUUCCUGUUUGGAUUCAGUCAACGCUAUCUGGAUGCUUGGAAGCAUACAAAAGGGUUUGUUCCAAGAGAUUACGAAAUUUCUACAGCCCAACAAUGGAGGACAGUCAUUACAAAUUUUGUAAAAUCAGGAAACCCUGCUUUACCCGUGCAAGAGACUGUUCCUGUGUGGCCGCCAUAUAAUAAUGUAACCAGUUCUUAUUUGGACAUAUCACAUGAUCAUGAUCAACUGACAGACUAUCAACAUUUUCGGGAACCAUAUAUGACAUUCUGGAUAAAAAUAAUUCCUUCACUUCUUAAUAUGCCCGCGGAAAACACGUGCAGUUCGAAUUGUAAUUUCAGCAACGAACGUGGACCAGUUUUUCGGGUUAAUAUGCAUGUUGCUGAAAAUAUAAUUUUGAGUUUGGCUAUCAUAUCAGGAUGUUUAUUACUGGCUGUCCUUUUGAUAUGUGCACUUUCAGUUGCUAGACAAAACAAAUGGGAUUACAGUUUUAGAUGAGAUUAUUUGUUCAUGAUUAUAGCGAAAGUAUGGAACUGUAAUGUUCGCCUUUACUUAAUAGUUACAUUUGAAGCGUUAAACUUCUGAACAUAAAAUAAUAUUUUCAGAAUUGUGUGCGUGUGUGUUUGUGUGCGCAUAAGUAUUGUGUGUAUAUAUCGCUACUGAAAAUGUGAACGGAAAUUUUGGUGAGAAUAUGAUUAACAAAUAAUUAAAUUAUCAAACAAACAA